UUCAGUCAUUGUUCCAGUGAAGUCCUACUAAGUUUACGGAGCAAUACGAUGCAGACUUUUCAACUAUCUGUGAUACUUGCCUUGGUUGCUAGUGCAGCUGUUGACUCAACUGAAUUGGUUGGGAGUAGAUCAGUGGGCCAGGGAGAUCUUUGGCAGUACGGCGGAACUGGUGGCCACAUGCUGCUUGGAAUUCACGAUCGAGCGAUAGAUUGGAAUCAGGCCGGCGGUGUUGGUGAUUACCAUCAUCACGAACAACUUCAACUGCAUCCGGUACACGAAUGGCAUCAGGACGAACACCAGCACUCGUCUGUCCAGCGGGACUUCCAGGAGUGGAAACCAACAUACAGUGCCCAUGGAGCGGAAUCGGUUCAUCCGGAAGUUUCCAGCAAGGAAGGUGCGGAACAAUUCGAAGAAAUUGAUAAACAUGACGACAAACAUCAACACCACCAUCAUCAUCACCACGUAAAGGUUGUGGAGGUUCCAAAACCCUUUCCGGUGCAUGUCGAGAAGCCUUACCCGGUGUAUGUGGAAAAACCAGUGAUAGUGGAAAAGCAUGUACCAUUGAAACUAUACAUCAAGAAGAAAUAUCAUUAGAGCCUAGGUUCCUAAUAGUAGUAGCUUGUUAACUAGUUUUAGUUUUGCUCAACAAGGCUGAUAUGCUGAAAAAAUAGAGACAUUACUAAUUUAGUAGUCUUAUUUGCAAUAAAUU